AUGGUACGAGUAGACAAGCAGGUCGUUCACCUCGACACCGCAAAAAGACCGAAGAAGGAGAAGGCCAAAAAGAAGAAAACGAACCUGGUCCGCAACAAUUUGACAAAAGAAGAUAAGGCAAGCCUGAAAUACGCGAGCUUCGAACCGUUGUACAAAUUGUGGUGCGAAUACUUUAGCGGGCUGGCUCCGGCGGAUAAAACUAUAGAUGACCGAUUGCUAAAGGCUGAUUACCACGGAGCACUUUUGAUGGUGACGGAAGCCGAUAAUCAGUGUCAGGUUGGCCUGCACGGGAUCGUUACCCUAGAGACCCGAUACACCAUCCAAAUGAUCACACGAGCAGACAAAUAUAUAACAAUUCCGAAACAAGGCUCCGUGUUCCAAUUCGUGAUGGAAGGCCGCGUCUUCUCCCUCUUCGGCGACCAAAUGCAGCAAAAGCCCGAUUUGCGAGGAAAGAAGGCUCGGGUGCGCCAACCGCUGCGCAUUUUUCUGCGG